AUGUGGAAGUUGAAACACAAUCUAUCCAUGAAGAAAUUGAUGAAGAUCUUAAUGAUGAUGUGGAGUUUUUUGAAAGAGAUAGGUUUCACCGGGAUCAGUGAUGAUAUCCCUACAAACAUCAAACUCGAUCUUGACGAUGACGAGUUUGGUCCAUUUCCGGGGUUUGACAGCGACUGUUUUAAAAAGGUCAAUGAAGUUGCUUCUUCAGCAACCAAGACUGGGGAAGACAGUAAUGUUCUCAAGAUUUUUCUCUCCUCUUCCAAGCCUUUGGAGAUUUCUUCAGGCCAAAGAGAUGUGAUUUUAGAGAUUCCUCUCUCUGUUUCAACUGUCUCUACUUCUGCUCUACUUGUUGUUGAAUUAUCUCAGCCCCAAACCUCCCAGUCUUCUUUGGAAAGAAGCCAAUCAAAUACGAGUCUGGAGGUGCCCAUUGUCAGCCAUGCACCUCAGGUCAUAUCCACUAUUAUCACUACUGUUGUUUUCACUCCACCAAUACAAUCAGAUGAAGGCCCUAGCACAAUGUUUGAGACAGGUGGUUCAUCCUCUAUUCCAGAGUAUUCUCCUACAAGACCCUCACUGGAUGAAGCCUCAAUCAGAUUGGCUAAGCACCUUGCUCAACACAGUCCAACCUCUUCCUCGCGUGGCAAAUGUAUAUAUUUUAGAGACGGGCAUUCAGGUGAUGACAAGUCUACUAUGUCACAACUUCGAGAAGAAAUUGGUGUUCUCAGGAAAGAACUUAUUGAAAAGAACAUUCAACUGGAACAAAUCGCUUCUCACGUAGAAGAGAUUAAAGAAAGGGAUGAAGAGAAGUCAAAACAGAUUAAGGAUCUGCAGAUGAAUCUUAGCUCUAUGACUGCUUUCUACUUCAAUUUGAAGAACGUUAUGUAUUAUGCUUUUAGGGAUAAAGUUAAAGCGUUAUUUCAGCAGCCGCACAGAAUUGAGGAUCCUCCUAUGGCCCCCACACAAUCUACUUCUAGCGACCUUCCAGUUGAUCCACCUCCUCCUAGAACAACUACAGUUGUCAAUAGAUUUGAGAAAGAACCUGAAGGAAGCAGAGCCCGCAUCACAAUCAAAUAG